CUUGGAGAUCUGAUGAAUGACAGACCAAUUAAACACUAGAUCAUCCUUCUCUUUCUUCUUCCUCAUAAACCUCGCCCUAUUUGGAUUUCUUCCUGGUAGCAUAUCUGACUAUCACUGCCCAUUUCGGCCGCGUACGAACGGUUGCUAUGUGCCGCCAUCGCACUGUGUUAAAUCCUUCAACCAUCAGAAGACAAGACAAGCUUUAAAUCUCCAUGUUUUGGAAUUAAUCCUAUUUGCCUAUUCUACAAAAGUGCCGAGUCAUCCAAUCAUGUUCUCGGAACCACCUUGGUUCCCAAGAUUGCGAGGCGGUGUCGUCGCGGAUUGAUAGCACGGCCCGGUCUCCGCAACGAAAAGGGAGAAGAUCGCUCUUGACUGCAAUAUAUUUUGUCCUCUUUAAACAGGUUUCGGGCAGCAAUUAUAUCACGCGCAUAGUAAAAUAAAGAGCUUUAGGAUCAUAGGAAGUAUGCCGACAAGUGUCGACUGUGGGGAAUUGAAAGGGGUUCUGGCCAUGGGGCGUAUAUAAAAGUGAGAAACCUCCCACUGGUCUGCUGUGCUUCAGAGACAGAUUGCAUCAAUAACGCAGCAGAUAAUAUCAAAAUCCACAAAGAUUAUAUCAAAAUGAUUGUCCCUAGCCUGUUUACCGUUGCAGCUCUGCUGGCUGCGAAAGCUGCCGCUCAUGGUGCAGUUACCAGCUAUGUAAUCGAUGGCGUGGCCUAUCCAGGUUACCAAGGCUUCAGCCCAGCAAAUGGGCCACCGACUAUUGAACGACAGUGGUCAGACUACAACCCCGUGCUGUCAGUUUCCGAUUCAAAGAUGCGAUGCAAUGGUGGAACAUCCGCACCGCUCUCAGCCCCGGUCAAGGCCGGCGGAAAGGUUAGAGCUCUCUGGUCGCAGUGGACACACGCACAGGGACCCGUCAUGGUUUGGCUAUUCAAGUGUGCCGGCGAUUUCGCCUCCUGUGAUGGGUCAGGGGCUGGCUGGUUCAAGAUCGAUCAGAUGGGCAUGACCGCACCACCUCUAACCGGAACGAGCUGGGGAACUGCCGUAGUAAUGGCCCAGCUGUACUGGGAGAGCACUAUCCCAGCCGCAAUCGCAAACGGAAACUACCUCAUUAGACACGAGCUGCUGGCUCUUCAUCAGUCGAAUACUCCGCAGUUCUACCCUGAGUGUGCGCAAAUUGUCAUCUCCGGAGGUGGUGGAAAGUCACCAGAUGCAAGUUACCUGACUGCGAUUCCGAGCUACGCCAGCGCGAGUGACCCGGGCGUCAACAUUGAUAUUUACUCCAGCACCGCAACCACCUAUACCUGCCCGGGUCCCGCCGUCUGGGCCCCAUAGUACCUUCGAGAUGAAUGCUUUGCGCUGUGGUUUGGGACCAAGAAUCAUUGCGAUACGAUGUUCGAAGAAAUACGACUUUUGGUCGUAUUUCGGCGAAAGGUGUGACAGUUGGCGGCAAAUAGGGUAGUUGCAUGUGUUAUUGUAUAUAGCAAACAAAUAAGUCAUUGAUUCAAAUCUACAC